AUUUCUUUUUUCAUAUAUUGGCAACACUGCGUAAACAAAUCGAUAUACAACGUUGUAUCAAGUAUAAGUGAAUUGAUUUAAGAGGUUAGUUUCUUUUUUUGUAACGAAACAACAUGAGUUUUAAAAAGAUAAAAGAAAUGAUAGAAGAAGGGGACGUUAUUAUUUUAUAUUUAGGACCUGGUAAUAUGCAUUCGUUGGAAGUGACACCGAAAACUUUGAACAAGAAGGGUGUUAUGGUAGAAAAUGUUUUUCAAACAAUCUAUGGGGCGCUCAAAGUAGUGUCCCUUAUCGGUCAAAAAUAUGGUACCAAAGUACAAUUGUCCAGAGGAUGGGGAUAUGUAUUACAACCUACUCCAGAGCUUUGGACUUUAACUGUACCGCAUAGAACACAAAUCAUUUAUAGUCCAGACAUAAGUUUAAUUAUACACUUGAUGGAACUUUCACCAGGGCAAACAAUCAUUGAGACAGGUACUGGAAGUGGUUCUCUUUCACAUGCACUAAUUCGUGCCGUACGUCCAACUGGUUAUCUUUAUACAUUUGACUUUCACGAACAGCGUGUAAAUAUUGCUAGUGCAGAAUUUAAGAGGCAUGGUCUUGAUGAUUAUGUUACUGUAGAAUGUAGAGAUGUUUGCGCUGAAGGUUUUGGAGAAAAUUUGGAAAACAAAGUGGAUGCGAUAUUUUUAGAUUUACCGCAUCCAUGGUUAAUGAUAAAGCAUGCGAUAAAUGCUUUAAAGAUAUCAGGAGGAAAAUUGUGUUCAUUUUCACCAUGUAUCGAACAAGUUCAAAGAACUUGCGCCGAACUUACAUUAGAAGGUUUUAUUGAAAUAAAUACCUAUGAAUGUUUGCAAAGAGAAUUAACUGUACAACAUAAAAAUUUACCUGUUUUAAAUUUGGACUGUUUAAAAUAUAAGCAAGAGUAUGAAAAAAUGAAACAAGCAAAUGUAAAGGACAAACAGGAGCAAGAAAAAUUUUUGACUGUAACGCAUGCUCAUUCAUUGCCUGGUCAUACAGGUUUUAUUACAAUUGCAACAUUAUCACCGUUACAUGCAAGAUCACUUAAAGAAGAAGAAGAAGAAGAAGAAGACAAAUUUUAAUGGAAGGAAUA